GGUGUGCGAGCCACAGAGAGGGGUCGCGUUUUGUGCGGUGAGUGAGUGUGAGGAGCGGUGGCGCAGCGGUUAGCGCUCCGCUACGAGUUCACUUCACCGCUGGGCAUCCCCAGUGCUGGAGAGACAAAGGCGGUCGGGCGUGCUUCUGGCUGCAUAGUGUUGUUGUUGCAUCACUUUUUGGGUUGUUGUGGCAGGUUUGUGCCAGGCUAGGUUCACCACGACCGCCAAUAUGGGGCCAAUCUUCUUGCUGCUCCUGAUGGUGGCAGCUCCAGAUGGAGAAGCUGGGAGAAUCAGCAAGAGAGCUGGAGAUGAGGUUCAGCAAGAAGUCUCCGUGGGCUCCCGGGCCGCCCACGCCUUCCUGCGGACCCGCCGCCAGGCCUGGGACCCCCAGGACCCCACGUUCUGGCGCCUGCACCAGCACUUCCUGCACCUGGGCCACUACGAGGCGGUGUUUGAGAUGGACGCGGCGUUCUGGGCUCUGCACGCGCGCGACCCCGAGGCCUCUCGCCGCCACUACCUCGACCGGCCCGACCCCGUCCUCGACCGCGACCCCGAGGCCGACCGCGACCCCGAGCCUCCGGGUCGCGACGACCCCGACCCUGACCCCGGCGAGUCCGAGCACGACCCCGGCAACCGGGAACCGGGGUUCGAGUACCAGGGCAGGGGGGGCGCCCCCCAGCGGGGAGCCCGGCGCCACGAGGGGGAGGAGGACGAGGAGGAGGAGGAGAGAGGUCAGGGCAGGGCCCCCCAGCGGUUCCACCACGGGGACUACGGCGACUACUGAGCCCGGGGUCUCACCACAGGGGUCCCGGGGUCACACCACAGGGGUCCCGGGGUAACACCACAGGGGUCCCGGGGUCAACGCCACUCACACCGAGGUCCUCCCAGCCCCCCUUUGCAGGAUUCACUUUGAAUCCACAAGCCCCCCCCUCCAUGCCUCCCGGAGUCUCUCAUAGUCUCCAGGGCCCCCCCAUCAGUGUGCACGGUUCCCAGCUUAACUUCUUAGGGGUCCCCCCCCCCCCCAUUUCAUUCCCAGGAGGGGGUCCGCGAUCGAACCCCCCGAGAUGACUCUGAGAUCCUCUACCUUAGCUAGCGGAGUUCCGUUUAACCGCCACGAGGAGGGGGUCUUAAUUCCCUUGCUCCCCCCUCCCCCUUUUCAUUUUCAGGGAUCCCAGUUAGAACCCCCGCUUCUCACCCACCCCAAUGUUUACCCCCUUUAUCCCCGGGGUCCCUAAGUCGACAGCAGCUGUCAGUUGCAGGGACGGGAAGAAUCCAAGCGGCGUGUGCGCUAGGCACGGACGACAAGCUGCAAGUUACACGCUGAUCCAGUGCCGGAUGAAGCGCGUGCGGGUCCUGUAGCAUCUGUUAUGAAGGGGCCCUAAAUAAAUAAAUAAAACACGUAAAUAUGAAAAAAACACAUUUUUAUACUUGCAUAGUAAAGUAAUUGUAUUUUUCCAUUUGCUAUACAGCCAGAUAAUAACGAUAAUAUCGCUAACCUUAAACACCCAGUCGUUCAUAAAAGUUGAAGGCGGUAUAGUACUAUAGUAAUAGAGCAAGUGCAGAAUCACUGAAUCGGAAUUGGUAGCUUGAAAGCAUUUAACGCGGGGGCCCUUGAAAGUGCGGGGCCCGUAGCUACACGUGUAGCUACUACACGUGUAGUUACUACACAUGUAGCUACUACACAUGUAGCUAUUACACGUGUAGCUACUACACGUGUAGUAGCUACUACACAUGUAGUUACUACACAUGUGUAGUAGCUACUACACGUGCAGCUACUACACACGUGCAGCUACUACACGUGUAGCUACUACACGUGUAGCUACUACACGUGCAGCUACUACACGUGUAGCUACUACACAUGUAGCUACUACUCUUUGGUUCUUUCGGUAAAGUCACGGAGAUAGAAAAACAAUGGAUCACGACGUUUCGAUCGCAACGCACGCAAUCGUCGUCAGGUGGGACAACCACAGCAAGUAGACACUGCUGAAGUAGCUGUGGUUGUCCCACGUGAUGCCGAUUGCUUGCGUUGCGAUCGAAACGUCGUGAUCUAUAACACCGGUCAACACACGUUUUCUGGCACAAGCUAUUCCAACGGUUCUAAGGUAAUGUUGGGGUGCUGAUUCCAAAUCUGGCAUCAGUUUUUGUCUAUCACAUCAGGUUUUUGAGAUAUCAAAUAUUGCAUUUUCAAUAAAAACUGCAGAAGAAAAAUAUUAAAUAAAUGUGGAUAUCUACAUAAAAUGAUAUUAUAAACACACUAUCCUAAAAAUACAGCACCAUAUUUUAACGCUAAAGCAGUCACUGACUCACAACAACUUGCAAUCAUACUUGACAGAGUUAAUUUCGGGUAAAAUCAAUGAAAAUGGGGUAUGUCGAUAGCAUAAAAUGAGAUGUGAUAGAGCAAAUCUGAAAUCAGAUUUGGAAUCGGCACCCUGAAAUUAGUCUAAAACAGCUGCAAAAGUCCAGGCCAGAAAAAAAAUGUUUUUUUUUGGUUGACCAAUGUUAUUAUUUCUACCCACGUGACUUUACCGAAAGAACCAACGACUAUGGAUUCCUGCAGUCACGAAAACUUCAAAUCAAGAUUCACAUGUAGCUACUCUUGCUACUAGAAUAACCCGGCACUGCGCUGAUCAGCCGUAGCCUACAGGUCGGUUGCAUGGAAUCUAAAUCACGUGUAGAUGUGCACGUGACCCAAGGCAGGGACAAUUCUCCGCCGGGCAGCUGCCACUGUUGGCGGUGAUGCAGAGGUCGCCGAUUCGGUUCCAUCUCCCGGCGCGGCAGCUGAAGCGAUGGGAGGGCUGGGAGGGUGCUCAAGAGCCCCACCCCCACCCCCCACUUCCCCUCCACCGCAGUGAAGUCGAGGAUGGGCAGGGUUCGUCGUCGUUGUGUGGUGGUGGCGGCGGUGGUGGCGGUGAUGGCGGUGGUGGUG